CAUUCAUAUUUGCUUUUUCAUGCUGCUUUUCAGAUGGCAUCAGAGGGAGACAUUCAACCUCCUUCACUUGCAUUUAUGGAGCUUGCUAUACAGCAGGCAAAACUGGCCUUGGACACCUUCGAAGUGCCUGUUGGUUGUGUGGUUGUUGAGGAUGGAAAGGUCAUUGCUUCAGGGAGAAACCAAACUGUUGAGACACGAAAUGCUACAAGACAUGCAGAGAUGGAAGCCAUCGAUGUUCUUCUUGAACAGUGGCAACGUAAUGGACUAUCAGCAUCAGAAGUUGCACAGAAGUUUUUAAGAUGUGACCUCUAUGUUACAUGUGAACCAUGUAUAAUGUGUGCUACAGCGUUAUCAAUACUUGGAAUGAAGGCAGUAUAUUAUGGCUGUUCUAAUGAUAAGUUUGGGGGUUGUGGAUCAAUCUUGUCAUUACAUUCAAAUAGCUCAGACAACCUUUUCAGCAGUCGGUCUUCACAAGGGAAGGCUUUUAAAUGCACUGGAGCAGUUAUGGCAUCAGAAGCCAUCUCUCUUUUCCGAAGUUUCUAUGAGCAGGGGAACCCUAAUGCUCCGAAACCUCAUAGGCCGGUUCAGGAAUCACAAAGAUCCUAGG